AUAUAAAUAUAUAUAUACACACACCUUUUAGUAGGGGUUUACCCAUAUACCGGCGUCUCGAUGUGAACACGAUUUUGUGCCUGGGUGUAGGGCACAAAAGUCCCCGUGGUGUCAAGAUUUUUUGUUCCCUGUGAAAACCUGAACCCAUUACUGUGGAUGCGGCCGAGGACCCCAUAUAUUCCCAAUGCUGUAUGUUUAACACGAAACGAACGUCACUUGUGAAGCGUUUGUGGAGACACCGACUAUCGCCGCAACAUGAAACCCAGGGUGCGACUGAAAGUCCCGAAGAGUUAGAAAUCAAAUCCACGGCACAGUCCAUGUUGAAACGCCUCAAAGAAAAACAACUAGAAGUAUUGCUACAGAGCGUGGAGAGCAAAGGCGGUGAAACGACCAAGUGUGUGAUGCUGCCGAAAGGUGAAAAAAGAUUCGGCAGGCGGUGUGUUUCGCCGCAAAUGUUGUGCUGUCAGUUAUGGAGGUGGCCGAAUCUUUCUGACCACACGGAGUUAAAACGUCUACCUUGCUGUCAGGCGACGGAUAACCCCGUGGAAGUGUGUGUCAAUCCGUUUCAUUGGAGUAUAUUACGAAUACCAGAUCCUCCAUCACCAACCAUAUCACGACCUGUACUGGAACGGGUAGCUAAAAAUACAGUCACAGGUUGUCAGAUUAUGGAAGAACCUUCACCUGUUUUAGAAACGGAAACAGGACUAACACCUCCUCCCUACCAACAGUAUGUUACAGAUGGUUCCACGGGUCUCCCUCAGCCUCACUGGUGUCACAUCGCAUACUGGGAACAACGACAACGCGUUGGCCGGCUCUUCCCAGUGUGCAGCUCCAGUAUCAGUGUAUUUCAGCAACUACCUCACGGGGACGGCAUGUGUCUCGAGAUCCUCCAGGACUCUCAGGCCGAUGACUCUGUCCGCAAAACGCGGGAGAAAAUAGGGUUCGGAGUAACAUUAAGCCGAGAGUCUGACGGGGUUUGGCUCUACAAUCAGUCACAAAACCCUGUCUUUGUGAACUCGCCCACCAUUGGCCAUCCAAAUACGUUAUCGGUGUACGUGUGCAAAGUUCCACCAGGGCAUUCCUUAAAAAUAUUUGAUUACGAUUGCUCUGAGUUUUAUGAACAGAUACGAGACCCUCAGUUCACUCAUGGCCCAGUGAAUGCUAAGUCAGUUCGAUUCAGUUUUGCCAAAGGCUGGGGUCCGUGCUACACAAGACAGUUUGUCGAAUCCUGUCCGUGCUGGGUUGAAGUGUUACUAAACACGAACAGGUGAUGAUGGUUUCUGAUUGGCUGGUGGAAAGUUGCUGUUUUGUAACCCUGCUUCCCAUUGGUCAGUCUUGGAAUGGCUACUUUCAACUAAGUUCUGGAAAGCUGCCGAGAAGAGCUGAUGGCCCGGAUAUCAGGAUCCGAGAUGAACCUUGACUAACCGGGUUCUGUUUUCACAUCAUGUAAGCAGCUCUGGCUGGUUUUUCAAGCCCUUAUCCAGGUCCUACAUGCUGAGUGUCACAUCGGAACUCUGGACAGAGAAUCAAGUGAAUCUUGUCCCAAGCUCUCAUUACGUCAUCAACACAGCUUUUGCUGUAUAUGUAGACAAGGACCCUCUUCCAGAAUGUCUUGUGAAAGAAGAUCUGCAGUGUUGUCCUGAUUUAAGCUGUUCCAAAAUAACCGGAUUGUCAUUGAGCACUGCCCGGUGGCAUGUCACUGUGAUGAAAUCAGAUUGGUCAAAUUGUCCCCUCAGUGCUGCAGUCCCAUUGGUUGUUUCUGCUCUAAGAUUGGCUUGAUUCACAUGUCUGCUAGAUGACGAUUGGUCUGCUAUGGGCAAGAAGUGCUACAAGACCCCCGAACUGGCUUUAGACAAAAAGUGCUUGGCUAGAUUCUGGAGGACUAGAAACUAGUGGACUGGAAUCUCUCAGUGUGAUUUGAUUGGAUGGAAAUGUUCUCCCAUGAUGAACUUCUUUUGUGAUAUUUGAGAAAUAUUUGCCCCUCUCCCUCUAUUGUAACACCUGUGCAAACAAAAAUGCAAAUAAGUGCCUUUAAGAAGUUUUCAUUGGAUGAUACACCUAUAUGCCAACCAACCACAGACAGGACAGAAGUGAGGCCAACCGUUCCACCAAUCAGGACAUUGCAUUGGAGAGAACUUUUGAUUACAACCAUGAAAUGUCUGCCAUUUUUCCAUCACUAAGCAUAUGCGCUGGAUUAAAUGUUGCAUUGGUCUAGGUCAUCAAUAGAAGUUUAUGAUUUUUUCCAGAAAUAUUUCCUCAUCUGACUACAUGUGCAGUGACCUCAAAUCUAUGGAACAAGCCAGUGUGCAUGUUAAUCAAUUUUUAAUAGGUGAUAUUCUGAAAAAUUCAAAUUUUUGGCUGAUGAGUUUGAGAGUGCAACAUUUUAUACCAGUGUUACCAAGGAAGUGGGUGAUGUUGCCAUGGGAAUGCGUAUUGUUAUAGUCUUGUCUGCAAAUAUGUGGACAGGGAAUUAUGGGUAGUGUGAGAGUGUCAAAAGUUACCGAGUAAAAGUGCAAAUGAGCGAUGAGUGCUGUUGUUGUUGUACACGAUGAUCAGCAAGUGAUAUGUUUCUGUGCUCCUUAUUUGUACAGCCGUCAUGUAAGAAAUGUACAUGUCACAGUGCCAUCUGGUGGGAGUUGCCAUGGUGACUGGUUUGUGUCAAAUCUGUGCCCCUCCAGAGGUCUGUGCAUUGUAUAAUGAACUUUCCAGUAAUGUGAUUUAUGUAAUUGUUGUUUCCAUGGUUACCUGAAUAGUUGCCUUCCGUCCGUUGUUAAUCUUCACUGCACAAAAGAAGACUAUUUGUAAAAAAGCACAAGCCUCUGAGUUUGAUCCUGUUUUCUUCACCUUGAAUAAAUAGCAUGUGUUUAAUGGUGAGACAGUAAUUGUGAAUUACAAGCAUGUGUCAACAUGUGUUUUGGAACAGAUAUCAGAAUUUAAGUUCCCGUUGCUUUUAUAGAAAGAUAAAAAUAAUUUGUUUGUCGAAAGUCUUAUUUGUUUCCUCACAAAAAUUUCUAAAUUUUUUUAAAAAAUUUAGCCUUGAGAGCUUGUUCUGAAAGUUCAAGCUCUUUGCUGUUUAAGGGAGAGCAUCACUUUUCCCCCCAAUACCAGGAGUAAAGAGUUACCUCCCUUGAAGGUCAGACUCGCAUUACUGGAAAGUUUAUUACGACAUUAUUUUAUAUAAAUGUUUUACCAUAAUUUGUACAUAUGGUCUCACUGAAUUAUUGAUGUAAUUUAUCCUAGUGUGCACGAGCCUUUCGCCCCUGGAAUUCGUGAAUGGGAGCAGUCCAACUGUGCUUCAGGGCUGUCCCAUUUUGAGUGUACAGUAAAGGGGGCGAUAGGGAGAAAAAAUCAUAGUAGUAUGUACAUGAUUCAUGUAUGUAAAAUAGGAGAGAGUUUGAUGUAAGAUCCCUGUACAUCUGAAAUAGGCAGAGUCUGGAAAUUGUGAAAAUGGAGUUGUGAUGUCAUUGAAAGUGACUUAAAUCUUUAAAAUGUGACAAUUGAACACUUUCAACUCUAGAAGACUUUUGCACAUCCAGACUCUAAAGAUGUCUACCAGAUCCAGAAACAGAGUUUUAAUUAUGUUUUUUUUUUCCUCUUUUUUUUUUACAUAAGUUGAAUUGUUUUGCCUUGAAUAUUUUGUUAAGAUUUUUUGGUGUUCUUACUUAAUUUGAGUGUUCAGUUUUAAUUAUUGAAUUAUCUUAUUUUAUUUCCUUUUGUGAUUCAAGUUAGCAGCAUGGAAAAAUGAUACUAGCUUUACAGUUAAUCAUUAAGAUUCACUGUCAGCGUUUGUCGUGAGAUAAUUUACCAAGGUACAAGACUAUGCAAUAUAACCCAUGGGGACAGAUUGCAAAUAGCUAAGUGGUAAAUUAAAAUAAUU